UUUGUGAACUCUAAGCAAAGCUUUUAAAAGAAUGUUGAAAUUAUUAGCAUAAAGUCACAUGUAAAUACUGUAUUAUAAGAUGAAUUAUUAUUUUGCAAAAUGUACGGAGUCUGUUGCUUAAAAAAGGUUGCAAUACUAUAUUACUUAUAUUCAUGUUGAUGCAUGAACAAUGUCAUUGUAGUUUUACACGUUUGCCUACCUGUUGAUGUACAAAGUAGAAAAACAUAAAAAAGAAGCUAUUAUCAAGGAUCGGUUACUGAUUUUCUAUAAUGCAUGACAGAGUGACCACGAUUUUAUUCUUAUGCAGGUCUAUGGAGAAACAUCCUAUGAAUUUGUUGCACAGAUGAUCAAGGAGAUUGAGGUUACAGAGGAUGAUGUAUUUUUAGACUUGGGGAGUGGAGUUGGACAGGUUACCCUUCAGAUUGCAGCAUCUACACCAUGUAAACUAAGCUUGGGUAUAGAGAAAGCAGAGUCUCCAAAUUUGUAUGCAGAGGAAAUGAUAAAGAAUUUCAAGGCUUGGAUGCAAUGGUAUGGCAAGACAAGUGGAGAGUUUAAAUUGAUCAAAGGAGAUUUUCUUACUCAGGAACACAAAGAAACUAUUAUAAGUUCUACCAUUGUGUUUGUAAAUAACUUUGCAUUUGGACCUGCUGUUGAUCAUAUGCUAAAAGAGAGGUUUGCAGAAAUGAAAGAUGGAGCUUGUAUUGUAUCAUCAAAACCAUUUUGUUCAUUGAAUUUUCGCACUACUAACAGAAACUUAAGUGAUAUUGGGACUAUAAUGGAUGUAAAGGAAAUAACUCCUCAACAAGGUUCUGUAUCUUGGACAGGAAAACCUGUGUCUUACUUUGUCCAUACAAUAGAUCGUACAAAGUUAGAACACUACUUUCAACAGUUGAAAAAUCCUAGUGUGAAGAAUGAAACUACAGAUGGAAAUGUUUCUGCUCGACGAAGACAGUCAAUAACAGAUUCUUCCUCAGAUGAAACCAAAGAUUUGGGCAAGGAAACAAAGCAUGUGAUUGUCAGUCAGACAAGAAAAACUUGGUCUGAUUGGUCCACCAGCCAAUCAGCUAGCCAGUGUGGUAGUGGUGUUAGCAGUGGACAUGACAGUAAUGAAGAAAAUGAACUUUCAAAGAGAAAAGUGAUUAACAAGCCACGAGAGAGACAACUUCCACAGAAAGUUGGGAUACCAACUGGUCAGAGACGGGGAAGGGGAAGACCAAGAAAGAACGACACCAAAAUAAAUAAAGAUUAUUGUCCCUUAACUUUGAGUAAUUUGAAAUUUGUUAAUUCUCAGGAUGUGUUGGAGGAUUCAGCCAAAGAUGAAGAAGGAUCACCAUUGUCUUCUGAACACAGCAGUCCCUCUUUUGUUGAUAUCCAAGCUACACUCUCCUCAUCUGCUAGUGACGUUCCUGUUGCUCUGCAAAGCCUCCUUGAUCUGUACAAAACUGAAUUUUUAGCUUUUCUACAAUAUAUGAAAACAUCAGAUUGCACUCACAAUAUCCAGGAACAGAUAAUGAAAGAACAGUGCCAGAAAGCCAACCUAGCACUGAAGGUAUCUCAACUAGAAAAACAGAUAAAAACUUUGACAGAAGACAGCAUUCACCUGCUGAAACUGAGGUUGACUGAGCUAGGAGUUCAGCAAAAUACACCUUUACAUCUCUUGGAUAAGGCUAGAGAGAUAGUAGCCUGGCACAAAGAACUUCAAGGAAGGACGUCAGUACUCCAAUCACAAGUUUUGUCUCUGGAGGUUGAGCAGGGCCAACUUUUUGCUGGAACCCAGAUUUCGCAUGAGAACCAAAACCCUGUACCAAGUACAACAGCAACAAAGUGUGUCCACAAGAAUAGAAAAGAUCGGACACAAGUAUUACAGGAAAUCUCAGCAUUAGUGUCACACAGACAUUCACUUCAGAUGAAGCUCAGAGGUCUCCAGGCGGAACUUUUUCCUCUGGAGAAGCUUCUACCAGCUGAGAAAACUUCACCUGAUGAUUUGAAUUAUAUAGACAGCAACAUGAUAGAAGGCAAAAUAGACACCAACCGUGGAAGUGACAAAAUGGACAAUUUGGACAGUAGCAGAUUGGGUGAAAUUGCAGGAGAUGACAGAGUAGUUGACAACCAAGAAAAUGACAUACUAAAAAGUACUCUUGAAAGUGACACAGUGUAUCAGAAGGUAGAAAUAAGCACAAUAAAUAGGAAUUUGGAAAACAAUCUGGUAUAUAGUAACCUUAAUACUGCCAGUGUGGGAAGAGGUGCUAAAGAGACUAAAAAUCUAGAAGAUGAUCGAACGAUCGGCAACACAGCAAGUAAUGGAGUGAUAAAUUUGAAAAAUAAUGUAGUGGAUAAGACACUUAGAAGUAAAGUAAUUAUCAACAAUACUUUAGAAAAGGAUGUAUUUAAUAGGAAACUAAGAAAAAACAUAAUGGACAAAAGUGCUGAAAAUGAUGAACAUAAGGACAGAAACUUGAUGCAGAGCAGUGAACCAGACAUAAAUUCAAGGGUUAGCAAAAUAGAAAUAAAGUCUGAACCUUAUAAAAAUGGGGAACUAAAAGGUUAUAGGUCACCACCAAGGCUUGAAAGAUUUGAACUUUCUAACGUUCCAGUUUCUAACAAUAACUUAUUUAUAUCAUCAGCUGCCAGUCCACCAGUCCCAAUUUUAUCUCCAGUGUGUUCAGAAAAUGUUUUCAGCAGUCCUUCAGAAAAUAUUUUUCUACAACUUGACAAGACAAGCUCACAGAGAAAGACAUACCAGUCUCAUCAGAAAUUCAUACCAAUUGAUUCAGUCUCUAUAGAAACAGAAUGGAACUCACAAAAAAAUGUUUUGCAGCAGGGUUAUAUUUCUGCUGCUGAUGGAGAAAAACAACAUAAAGACUUUAUUACCAGUAAAAACAGCAGUUUCUAUGAUCACACUAAACUACUGGAUGAUGCAAGAACAACGGAUAAAAUGGAAGAGUUUUCAAAUACAGUCUAUUCACCAAUUAGCUUGCAUCAAGAAGACUCUUCCAUUGACACUGAUAUGAAAAUUUACCAUUUUACUAGUACUCUUUCAUCUCCUGCAUUAUUAUCAGAAUCUGUUUGUAAAAAGAAAAAAAACACUAGAGGAUGCUGUGGUACUGUAAAUAUCCAUAAACAUGGCAACUUUGCUUCACAUGUGAAAAAAGAGGUUUGCAAUGAUGCAGUAAGCUCACAAGUUUUGUGGCAUAAAGAUGUCCCCUUAACUACUGUAAAGCAGGAGACUUUGAAGAAUGAAACAAACUACAACAAAGUGUCUAAAGAAAAAAAGUUUCUAAAGAAAGGAAAGCCUUCAAGAUGUCAUAAGCAUGCAGGAAGUGGUCAUUAUUCUAAUGGAAAUGAAUUGAUCUCAAAUAUAACACCUAGAAACCUAAGAAGUCUCAAAUCUUGCAAAGGAAAUGAAGAUAUUUCAGAAAAGUGGAAACGAAAGCAGAAUUACAUUGCCUGUAAUUUUGAAAAUGAUCGAAAGAGACAAAUAUUUUCUUCUCCCAGAUCAGUAUCAGACUCUGGAUUUGACAGUCGAGGCUCCAUUGUACAGUCAUCUGAAUGUGUUAAAGUAUCCAGUGAGAAUGGCCACAGUUCCCAAGCUUCUGAAGAAAGUGAAAUUCAAUAUAUUAGAAGAGCUGCUGAACUAGAAAAUCUAGCAAGGUUUGAUGAUAAAAGAGGUACACAAAAGAAGCGUUCACGGCGUUUUCUAGGUAAAAACUGGCAAGCAAGGAUUAGUAGUGGUUUCGAAAAACUUGUUGCUUUAGCUUCAAUGCCAAAUCAUCCUCCCAAGAAGGUCUUAGACAAACACAAAACAGACAACCAGUGUCCAGUUCGAAAGAUGGAGUAUCAGACUAGUUCUCCCAGUAAAACAGGAAUGAAACCUCUACGAGAGAUUGGAUCCAGAAAAUGGGUUAUAGACAGUAUAAAGCAUGGACAGUCGUCAUCAAAUGGACAGGAAAAUUCAGUAUCCAUUAAAUUCAAGGCUGUCCAUCCAAUAGGCUCUGGAAAUUCACCUAAUUUAAGAGAUCAUAAUACAGAUACUUCACAGAGUGAAUCUAUUCAAACAAGUGGAUCGGAUUCUUCGGAACAGCUACACACCAGAAGGGGACCAAGAACUCCCCCAGACACUCCUCCAAGCACACCAUCAGUUUCUCCUGAACUACCUCCAACUUCUGAUGUUACCUCCAUGACAGUUUCCCAUUCCUCUACCUUGAAUAACAAGAUCAGUCCUGAAUGUAAGUUGAACUCAGGCUGUUUUAUGAAACCAGAGAAAAGCAGGUGUAGUCCUGAGAUUUGGCUCUCUAGGAACAACUUUCAAGAUGGGAACAUUUGUGAAUUACCUUUUCAUACAGUUAGAAGUUCUUUUAAUGAUGCUCAUGGAGGACACAGUUUGGGAUCCAAAAGGAAUAAACAUGAAAAGCGUAGCUUUGCUUAUGAAAAAAUUCCAAAGAAAAAGAGACAUAGAGAAUUUACUGAUUUCUCUACUAAAAAAGAAAAAACUGAUACAGAAUGUACUAGUACUGCAAGCAGUUCCAAUACCCAUUCUUCAUCUUCACACCCCGUUUUAUCCAUCGGAAGUUUUCCUAUGAUUUCUGUAGAGAAUUCUCUUUCUCCAGGGAUUCUGUUUCCACAGAGUUACAUGUUUUACCCUUCUGUUACAGCUCCGCAGCAAUCAUCAGCUCUUCAUCCUCAUUCCUCAUCUUAUGCGGGGCAUAGUCAGCAAUCUCUUACUAUUAGUUUUGGCUCUACACAACAGACUGUGGUUUGUCCACAGAUGACUGUAGCAACAAUUCCAACACAAGGAACAAAAUAUCCAGUGUUUCCUUUGCUUUUUGAUUUGUCUGUUCCACCUCCAAGCUUUAAUAUGCCUCCUCCAUCUGUCAUGGUUCCUCAGGUUUCUCCCAAUCCCACUGAGUACUCCUUUCCUCUCAGAGAAGCUUUUCCAUAUCACACCAUGGUCAGCACUGCUCAUUUUCCUCAGGUGGGACUUCCUCCACCACCACCAGUUCAUCCAGGCUGUGCACAGAUCUCUGAACCUCCCUUGUUUUCUAACCAACACCAACAACUUGCCUCUCAUCUACACAGCACUGAACUUAAGUGGAUUUGAUUUUAUAAAAUUUUUGUUGUACUUGAGAAUCUGAAAUUUGAACUAGCUACUAAAAUGUUCCCACUGCAAUACAUUUUGGCAUGAGAUAUGUUAAUGUCAGAUCUGGUCUUACAGUGAAUGAAAAGUGCAGUACGUGUUUCCUGGUAUUGUUCAAAGUUUUCUUAAACCCCCUUAGUGCCCAAAAGAAAUACUUCAAUUUCUUUUAAUAAGUCAUGAGAUAUAUCUGUGCAUAUAACUUUUGGAAAGCUGUUUUACUUUAUAAAUGAGAAUAGUAAAUGUAUAAUCCAAAAAGAAAUUUUAUUAAUAAAUAUAUUUUGCAGUUGUAAUUCUAAUAGAGUUAAAUUGUUUGAUUGAUGUUCCAUGCCUUUGUAUAACAUUAAUUAUUAGGAAUAAUAAGUAGCAAUUGAUUUUUGUACUUCCUGUGAGGUUUUCUGUACGAGUUAUAUACAUUCAGAGUAUAUAUAUUCACUUGUAAAAUCAUUAUUAAGAGAGGUCAAUGAAAAACAAUCAUGCUGGUUUAUUUUUAAUUUUCUAAUUUGAAAAUGUGAAGCAUAAUAUACCAAGUAGAAGGAUGUUUAACUGUAGUGACACUACAAUACUAACAGUCAUUAAUCAAUAAAUAUGGUUUAUUUUUGACAUCUUUAAGAAGAUGCCAGAUUUUACCACAAUAUUUUAAAUGGGUUUAGAAAAAGAAAACUUUGGGAGCUCAUGAGAGAUAAGGAAAACUGUAUGUAUUGUUACUUGGGUAGUGAGUUAAAUCUAAAAAAUAAAGACAAUCUGAAAUAAACAUUUGUUCUUAUGUAUGAUUUUAAUUAUCGCUUCUCAGUGUCUUGAAACAUACUUUUAGUAAUGCAGAUAAUAAGUGCUUACAUGUUACUUGCUUUUUAAAAGAAAAAUAAGAAAAUCACUGGGUUAUAAAAACAUUUUUCCUUCCAAUUUUUUGUGUCCUUCUAAUAGUAGUUUUCAGAAAAUACCAGUUUGUGAUGUUUGUAUUGAAGAUUAUAAUACAAAAUGUUUGUGAAAUGUAUGUAUGUAUGAUAUCACAGGAUGAUAUGGUAAAGUCGUUGGACAUUACUUAACAAAAUAAGUGAUGAGUAAGAAAAAUAUCAGAGUUUUAUAUUUGAAACAACAAAUCCUUUCCUAAAAUGAAAUUCCAAAUUAAACUACUUUAAGAAGUUCAGAUAACUAAAAUUUUGAGAGAAAGUAAUGAUAAAACUUGACUAGGUGUUUUGUAAGAAAUGAAUAUGUAUAUAUGAUACAUAUUCACACAGUGCUUUGUAACUUGGUGCAGAUAUUUUAAAAAUGAGGAAAAUAUGAUUAAGAAUAAUGUAUUUCUACAAUUUCACGAGUCACAUCAUCAAUGUUUCUGUGGCAAAUAAAUGGAUUAUGUUUUGUCUAGCUAAGUUGAAAGUGAAGCAGAGUUUUUUAAAGUUAGUGAAGGUUGACUGAAUAAAAUACUAGUUUUAUGCAGAUUUUGGGAACUUUCCAGACACAUUAAUAAAAACUUGUAAUAACUCAAGUAACAUUGUGUAAUUUUAGUGUUAUAGUGAUGUAAUUUAUGAGGUAACUGUUUUUAUUUUCAUGUUUAAAUGCAGUUCAUAGUGAGACAAAUUCUCUGUUGGGAAGUAAUUAGAAGUACUUGAAAAACAGGCAUUGAAUACAUUUUAGUAGUGUUAAUACUAAAUUUGCUUAUUUUCGUAGAUACCACUGAACAAACUGGUAAGAAAGUCUUCCUGGAAAUGGUGUAGGAGGUAAUGCUAGGAUAAUUGUUCUUAUUGGUAUAUUUGUUCACAUGAGGAAUAGAUUUGGGUUGAGUGUCAUGAUAUUGUGAUAAAGCACAUCAGUUAUCUGGUUUGUUUAUCAAACCAUCAGUGAAACUAGAUCAGAUUUUUGUUAUACUGUUUCUUAAAUGUACAGCUUAUAGUUUAAGGUAUGUAAUUACUCAGAAGUUUUUGGUUGGUGUAGUAUAUUUAUAACUUAAUGUUUUCUGGACUUUUUUCAACUUUAUUACUGAGAUGUGACAUUUGACAAGUACACACUAAAACAUUCGUAUUACAUCAUCAUAGGAGUCAAGUUUUCUUAAAGCAUUGUAUUAAAUAAUGUCUUCAUAUUUUCCCUGAAUUUUUGUAGUGUGGUUCAUAGGCUUGGUAUUAAUGCAUUGUUAUUACAUUGAGUGAGACCAGUAUCCUUAGUUAUUGUAAGAAUUACAGCUUAUAGAUUUAAAUCUUGGUUUUUCAUUGUUACAUUGAGUCAAACAAGUAUCGUUAUGACCGUAGGGUUUUGUAGACUAGCUCCUAAUGCUUCAUUGUUACAUGAUUUAAACCAUUAUCUUUAGUUCAAAUUCGAUGACGAGGAACCCACUUUGAGACUAAUAAUGAUGACAAAACUUUGUCGAAACGUUGUACAUUUGCUGUUAUAUUAAAGUUUUUCUUCAUUACCCAUUCAAUCCGUCUCCAGCCAUUAUUAUCUUUAGUUGUUGUAGAAAAUACGAGUUAGAUCAGUAUUUGUAACAAUUAAAGGAAAAAUGUUCUGUAGUCUUGAAUGGUCCAUUGUUACAAUAGGUCAGGUCAGUAUUUGUAAUUAGUGAAUGAAAUAUAGUUUGUGGUCUGAUUCAUACUACUUCAUUGUUACAUUGGAUUAGACCAGUAUCUUUAGAUAUUGUAAACACGAGUCUCACUUCUUCAUUGUUACAUUGAGUCAGUCCACUGUUUGUAACAAUUAAAUGAAUUAUGGUCUCAAGACUAAUGCACCAUUGUUAUAAUAGGUAAGAUCAGUAUUGGUAACUAGUGAAUGAAAUAUGGUUGUCAGACUCGGUACGUCAUUGUUACAUUUAGUGAGGCCAGUGUGGCUUGUAGACUUUUUGAUACAACAUUGUAUUGUUGGACAGCAAAUUACUUUAGAAGUUCAAGAAGAAGAUAAGAGUGUCUGUUUUGUCUGUUCAUAGAUAAUCUUUCUAGACUGUUGAAUAAGAUACAGUUGUGGCAAACUUUAUUGAUAUCUGGGGUAUAGUAAUGGUUCACUAGCAACAGUAUUGUUUUGUCUUGUUAAGAAAUUUUGGUGUAUAGCCUAUAAUUAGUGCAAUAAUUUGGGUUCCAUGUUUGGUGUACACUUCUAGGAAAAAGAAUGUAUGAACAUGUAUAUGGAAACGUUGUGGUAACCUUACAAUUUUGGAGGUUAAAAAAAAUGUAUGUUUUUACAUUUUACUUAUUCAUUAUGAUAAUAGUCUUUUUAUCAUCCUGGUGACCAGGCAUUAAACUGUAAAAGAUUGUUUGUUUGUGAAACUUUUAUACUUAACAUAAAGAGUUGUUAUCAAAACUGAACACCUAAUUAUAGUUUUUUUCUUGAGGGGUCUAGAGUGUAUGUAUGUAUGUACUAGCAGUUCUGAAAGUACCUGUUAAACAUUGUUGUUUUAAAUUUAAUUAGCUACUUAAAAGCUUUCCUCUUUUUGUUACAUGUUCUACUUUAGAGUACAGUUAUAUUAUCUGUUGUUUAUUUUAAAAUGAGUAUGUGUGUUUUGGAGCAAUAACCUGAAAGAAACAGAAGUAUUUUUUACUUGUUGUUAGUCUGUAUAUGUAUCUCAUUUGUAGAAAUAGCUAUUAUAUUUAGUGUAAAGUGUUUGAUUUUUUAUUUACUGCAUUGUUUUAUAUUGUACAUUGUCUUGCACUUUUGUUAAAAUUUGGUAGCUUGUCCUAAAUGUACAUGUAUCUGUUCCUUUCACAUGAAAUAAAUUAUGUAUUAAGAAGUA